GUAUUUCUUGUGUUUUUUGACAACACUCACCGUCUGCCCCUACACGCUCAUCUUCCAGCUCGUCUGGCCUUGCAACUCAUCUAGCCGUAUCUGAUACCGCAAAACUAUUGAUAACAUGACUACCACCAUGCAUUUUGGUCCUGAAUGGAUGCGCACAAAGCAAGCACCGUCGCGUCCUGCACCUUCUCCCCCACUUGCUACUACUCCUGCUUCGCCUGGCAUUUCUUCGUAUUCGGCCCUAGUCGCCCCUGCUUCUCAGCCACCUCCCGAAAAGAAUGACUUGGCUCGUCCCUUCAGGUAUUCCAAGGAAGACUUGCUUCGUAUCUACAAGGAAGGUGGUGGCAGAGGCGGUCUCGGGCUUGAAGUAGAGAGGUGGGAAGGCAUAGUCCGAGAGGUAGGCUAUGACCCCGUGGGCCUCAAGGAAAUGAACGAGGCCGAGAGAAAGAUCUUUUCCGGUCCUCUCAACUCUGAAGCCCGUAGACGUCAGUCUACGGAUUACUUGUCCCCUCUUAAUACGUCGCUCGGGGAGCGGCCCAAGCUUGGACAUACAAACUCUGCAACUGGUAGCCCCCUUCGGGAACGUAUGGGGACAUAUGUAGGGCGACGGAAAGACAGCACAGACCAGCUACCACUUCCACUCCCCAGGAAGCAGUCACUUUCCUCCAUGCAAGGUCCUUUAGCGUCUCCUAGGGAAGCAUCCUUACCCUCCCCUCGCGUCCGCGUUGGGCCAGCCUUUGAUGGCGUCCUCAACGAGUCCUGGACGUCCAAACGUCGCGUUCCUGAGGGUCUGGCGAAGUCUGGUAGUAGGGGCGACCUGAAGGAAGCUCAGAGGGAAGGAGUGGAGCAAGGUAUCAAGGAAGAGGAAGAGGAACCGCCUAUAAACUCCGAGACCGAGAGUCAUCCACCUGAGCAACAGCUUAAUAACUCUUCAACCCCAGUGAACGACUCUGGCAAUGGAUCGGCACAUACGGUUAAUCCCACACAGCCGACAACCUUUCUCCCUACGGUUCCUGCUUCAAACGUUCCAUCUGGUCCGCCGCCUGGUAUUGUUGACCUUGCUAGCGUCGAAUGGUCAUAUCUCGAUCCACAAGGGCAAAUUCAGGGCCCUUUCCGAGCGGAUGUCAUGCAGAAAUGGUAUGACGAGGGCUACUUCACUCCUGAGCUUCUGAUGAAACGUAUGCACGUUGAUACCGACUGGACGUCAGUGCGGGAUCUCCUCCGGUUUUCAAAUGGCGGGAAAAUGUUCUUGUCACCGAUCCGACGACCUGAGCCAUUCCUCAACGGUCUCACUGCUGAGCAAACAAACCAAUAUAAUUCUCCAUUUGAACCCGUACCUUCGCGCGCGAUACGCACCGCUACAUUGGACUCAUAUCUACAUAAUGAUUCCAAUGCUUCUGAUUCGCCGACGUCCUCGUUCAGUGCGGGCAGAUUUACUAACAAUUCUCCGGACCCCUCGAUAUUGUCUGGUAGGAUCGGCGGACAUCUGCAGCAGACAUCAUCUGGUAGCCCUUUCAAUGGGCUCAAUGCCAUGGAGCCAUUGAGGCGUGUUUUGGAUGAGUCCUUUGAAGUCUCCAGUCAUUCGUAUGGUGGAUAUUCCCCUGCGAGAGCCAACCCUGUGGACCCUCUCAUGUUUAAUGGCGUGGAGCGUGGGAUGCCGUACAGUCCAGGCUUUGGUGUGGGAGACAAUGGUCUUGUGCCUAAUGCAAGUGUUUUCAAUGCGAAUCGCACAACUCUGGACAUGCCCGUCGUUAAUAGUCAGUCAAGCACUCCGAUGUUUGGCACGAAUAGCCCGAUAUCGAUGGGCGGCGGGUUCGGUGGCCAGCAAGAACAGCCUCGUCUUAUGAAUUUGCACAAGACCAGGUUGGAGACGCGACCCGAAGUUCAGUCUCGUUUGGGCGGCUUUGCGAGCGAGAAUGGAUCUCCGUUCCUGCAGCAUAGUCAAGCCUUCAUUCCGGGUGUAAAUGCUCCUUAUCAACAUGAUGCACAAUCCCUACAGUCUCUUGGAUCUGUGCCAGAGCGUAGAUCAUCGGUCUCGCCUAACGAGCAAGCCGGUUUGCAACAACCUCAUGUCUUGCCUACCCAGCCUACAUCUCCUUGGGCGGCUUCACAAAGCCCUGUUCGUCGACCAGGUCCGUUCGAGCCCAAUUACCCUACAGCACAGAAUACCAUUCUUGGCAGAAGUAUGGCUCCUGGACAGCCUCUCUCCACUGUGCAGCCUGCGCCACCCGUUCCUACUCAAUCGCCUUGGCAAACGGUUCAGCCUGGGGUGAACGAGCCGUGGGGUCAAAAUCCUAGUAGUUUAACUACUGCAAACCUUGGACAACAUGAUCAACAGCAACAAAAGCAGGUGGCUGAUCAAACAUCGGUACAACCAACGAUCAGUCCUGUUAUGGUUGAGGCUCCUGUUGCUGUACCCACUGGAGAUGCGCAGGCUUCUUCCUCGGCAACCGUCAUCGCGCCCAGCACGGCUCCGGAACCACCGCGCACGAAGAAGCAGCGUAAGGAAGCCGCUCUGUCUCUUUCGUCUCCUGCCGUCAAGCCUACCUCUGUCCCUGCUCCUGCGCCGGUCGCUCCUACGAAGACCCCUUCACCCGUACCCUCUGCGGCCGAAUCUAAGCCUGCAUGGGCUGUGGAUGAAGACAGACAUUCUUCUGGCGCAGUGAAGAGCUUGCGUGAGAUUCAGGAACUAGAGGCCAGGCAAGCCGAAGCUCGUAAAGCAGCAGAGCGUGAGCGUGCAGCUCGUGCAGCCGCGGCAGUCGCUACUUCGCCAUCUGCUGAGGACAUCCAACCAUUCACUGCUUCUUGGGGACUUCCCAUAUCUCAAGCUGGUGCUGCACGUAGCAAUUCUCUUCUCAAAGAUUCCGCGACAUCUCCUCCGGCUAACGGCACUCUUACCACCCCGCCGGUUUGGACGAACGCUCCCAAAACAGCAGUAGCAAAAAAGACUAUGAAGGAGAUUCAAGAGGAAGAGGAGAAGCGUAAAAAGAUGGCUGCGAAGGAGAAGGAGACCGUUGCAGCCGCUGCUAGGAGAGCUUAUGCUGAGACGACAACCAAGACUGUGCCUUCCUCGCAAUCCGGUGGUGUAUGGACAACUGUCGGUUCGAGCGGAAAGGCCACUGCUCCGCCGGCCGUUGCAGCUACCAUUGCUCGUCCAAUGAUCACGCCAACUGCGUCGAAAGGGAGCAUUCCCACCUCUCCUGCAAUUUCGACGCCCAGCCGCUCAGCAGCAUCUCCUGCUAGACCAUCUCCUGCGGUGACGGUUGCUAGCAAGGUCGUUGCGUCGAGUCCGAGGAUGGAAGAGGCUCCACCGCCUUCGUCUGACUUCCUCAAGUGGUUGAGCGAGUCCCUCAAGGGCCUAAAUAGUUCUGUCAACUGUAAGUUCUGCUUUAUGUCCUCAUUGUACAUCAGCUCAUCCUGCGCUCAGUUGAGGAGAUCACGUCAAUGCUGUUGUCCUUCCCUCUGGACCCUGAUCCAUCGACAGUGGAGCUCAUUUCCGAUCUCAUCUAUGCCAACAGCACCACGCUCGAUGGGCGCAGGUUCGCCUCCGAGUUCGUCGCCAGACGCAGGGCGAGCACAAGGACAGCGGCACCGCCAGGUACGGCUGGAAAGCCUAUGUCUAUCGCCGACGUCGUUAAGACCCAACCAAGGUCAACGCAAAACGAGUGGGGUGGCUUCAAGGUAGUGAACAAGAAGAAGAAAGGUGCACGUAAUUGAUUGCCACACAGGCCUCUGUGAAGAUAUCAUUGUUUAGUCUAUAUGAUAUACCGUAUAUAUGUUGUACAGGAUACCGUGGACCGUAUGCGGGCAAGUCUACGCACUUCCGACUAUCUAAUACACUAUCCGCUCUCUUCCCUUCAUGUCGUGCUGCUUGCGUUGCCUGUGUUGCCCGUAUUUCCCGUGAAGCCUUCUGCGUUGCCAAGAUCAAAUAGCUCCUGCAUGUUCAUGUCGUCCGAAGCGGGUAUGUAAUUGAGAUCAUCGAAAUGAAUGUUCAUCGAGCU